AUGGGUUCAUCAUGGUUCGUUGUAUUACUAUUUAUUGUAUUUGUUAUUAACAUUGAAAGUCAAUUAAUUCAUAAAUUACAAGAUAAAAUAAAAAAAGUAGCAACACAAAAUUUAGGUGUUGAUGUUGCACGAUUUGAUCAUGAAGAAAUGAUGUUAUUUCCAAAUCUUGGUUUUCAACGUAAAGAAGGUGAUUGGCGUUUAAAUUUACAUGGUUGGCGUUUUCAAACAUCAAAACGUAAUAAAUUCUUAAGUGAAUCAUCAUCAUCAGCUGGUCAACGUCUUGCUCGUUUACUUGCUACGUCCGAACAAAUGGUUUAUUAUAAUGAUUCAUUUCAACGUGAUCGUUUAAAACCAUUUAUGGUACAAGAUGAAAAAUAUGAAAAAAUUCAUAUUAUGAUUGGAAAAAAACACAAUUAUACAGCAAAAACAGAUGGUGAAGGACAAUUUCGUACAUCAUUUAUUAUUCCUAAUACAGAUGUACAAAAAUUGAAACAAACAUCAAAAAAUAGUCAAGUUAUAACAUAUAAAGCUGUUGGAGACAAUGCUGAUAUUUGGGAAGGACAAGUUCAUUUAUUAGAAAGAUAUGGUUUAUCUGUUAUAUCUGAUAUUGAUGACACAAUUAAAAUUAGUGAAGUUUUAGAUAAAGUUCGAUUGAUAGCAAAUACAUUCAUUCAUGGGUUUCGUGUAGUAACAGGUAUGCCAGAAGUAUAUCGUGGAUGGCAGAGUAGACACAAUUGUUCAUUUCAUUAUUUGAGUGCUAUGCCUGAUCAAUUGUAUACAGUUACAAAAGAAUUUGUUGAUGAUCAUAAAUUUCCUGAUGGUACUUUUCAUAUGCGUCACUUUCGUUGGUCUUCAACAUCAAUUUAUACUUUCGUUCAUUCUGUUGAUACAAAAAUGCACAAAACUAAUCAUUUACGUUAUUUUGUUUUUAAUACAUUACGUUCAUUGGUAUUAGUAGGAGAUUCAGGUGAACAUGAUCCAGAAAUUUAUGGAAAUGUUGCACGAAUGUAUCCCAAACGAGUGAUUCUUAUUUUCAUUCGAGCUGUCAAAGGUGAAAAAGGCGAUGAACAACGAUUUCUCACUGCAUUCAAAGAUAUACCAAGAGAAAAAUGGAUGAUUUUUACUGAUCCAAUUAGAGAUUUACCCAAAGAUCUACUUAGUAAACCAACUCCAGUAGCAUCGAAACCAACGAAAAAUAAAGUUCAAUCAAAACCAAAACCAAAAGGAUAA